AUGCCGACCACUGUGUCCCAUAACCCCGACUCCGCGGCUUUUCCGCAGUCGGGGCUCCCACAUCAGCAGCAAGUGGUCUCCUUUCAACCAGUCCCCAGCCCCACACCCCCGGGGUGUGCGGUCUGCAUCCUGAGCGACAAAGCCCUACGAAGCCACGAACUAUACUUCUGCGCAAAAUGUAAGGCCAUGUACCACCGGCCCUGUCUCUACGCGCUACAGCAGCAGCAGCAGGAGAGUCAUCAGCCCUCCCCGGCAGCAGCGCUUUUCAGGUGCCGGACCUGCGGGAUCGAGUGCGACCAGCCCCAGGAGCAGGAUACCCGAGUCCCAUCCCCAAUCGCAACUCCCAGCCCACCCUCAGCCCCCGCCACCCCUGGAGCCUGCCGACCCUUCAUCACCACCCCCUACCACUAUACCCGCACACCCGCAGGACUCUACAUGUGUACCUACAUCUACACAGCACCGGACGGGACCACCCGGUUCUGCAAUCUGCAAUUCAGCGCAUGGCCGAACUACCGCAGCCAUCAUCACCGGGCGCAUGAACGGGCGGCGGAUGUAGGGCAUUCCUGCGAGAUUUGUGGGGUACGUAGCGGUAUUAGUGGUGCCAGGACUACGCCCGCGACUGCGACAGCUGCCACUGUCCCUGUCCCUGUCUCUGUCCCUGCCCUUGUCCCGGCCUCAGCCCCGGCCACUACUCUCACUGAUUUCCUUCUGGCCGUGGAGGAGGAGUCCAACGAACCACCGCUGCAUCUCCUGCCCCCGCCCCUCUUUCCCGAGUCGAAACGAGAGGUCAGCAUCAUGGCGGGCCCAACACCGACUAACGUUGGCCCAAUUCCAAUCCCAAUCCCAAUCCCGGCCCCAGCCCCAGCCCCAAGCCCACAACCCACCACCCCCGAAGACACCAAAAGACCCAUCCUCGAGCCCGCAUGCUGCUACUACUAUUUCAAGCGCACCAAAGAAGGUCACUUCACCUGCACCUUCCCCAUCCCCACAAGGACCCGGACCGGAACGCUUACCACGACAACCACCACAGAACCCUGCGGAUGGCGCAUGGAGACGUCACAGGGGUACAAGAAGCAUUUUUGGCGAAAGCAUCUGCGUGAAGCCGAGGCGGGGGGCUCUCGCAGUGCCAUCAGCACCAGUAAAAGCGGCGGUAACAACAGUACUAGCACUGGUGCUAAGGCCGGUAGGGGUACUACCACCGCCGAAGCAGACCCCGUCCCUGAACCUCGACGGCUAAAGCGCCGCCGACGGUCUUCGCUAUCGUCUACAUCGUGCGCCUCACUGACCUCUCCAGUACCACCCCCAUCCGCCAACCCCAUCCAGUUGGAACUGCUCCUGCAGUCACGACAAGAGUACAUCCCGCCGCCGCAGCCGCAGCCGCCGCCGCCGCCGCCGCGCAUCCGCCCGCCCCGGCCGCGGUUCUGCCCGCUCUGCACGCGGGAUUUCGAGAAACUGGGCGCGCUGGUCCCGCAUCUGGAGGCCGACCAUGCCGCGGAGAUUCCGGUCUGUCUGCUGUGUCUGGGGUGUCACCGGGAUUGGUGGGGCCUGCUGCUGCAUUUGGAGGAGGAGCAUCCCGAGUGGGAUGGGUUGUUGGGGGAUCCGUUGGCGCUGCGUCUCGCCUGGAAUUCUGAUCGGGCUAGGCCAAUAUCAACCCAUUUCGAUGCAAUGAUGUGA